AAAAAAAAUAGGUCACUGUAUUAAAUAGUAAUAUAGACACGUGGGCGGAAGUGGGCUACGUCAUCAAAACAGUGAGGCAGGAGGAGGAAAAGAAGCCCCGUCCGUGGAUGUGACACGCUUACAAAUACAUAGAAAACAACUCCGCGAGCAGCAGGAAAGCAUGAUCCGUCUCUCACGCCGUGCUUAACCCGCUCGACACGUCGGAGCUUUGUGUAUUUUCUCCCCUUCGUUCUCGUGUCCUCGGAGGCUGCAGCAGCACCAUGGUGGAACAGUCGGACCGAGCCCCGCUCCUGGACUGGGAGGAGAUCCCACCGCCCGAUCCGAACCAGGCGGCUCAACCUACGCCUCAGCCGCCGCGAGAAGAAGACUCCGCGGCGGAGAAAAGUGCGCCGACUGACACUGCGGCUGGUACUGGGUGGAGCAGCAGCACCACCAUCGACGCCACCACCAUCAUCAUCCCCCCCGGUCCGAACCGCAAUGUGACAGCUGCUGUUGUUGUCAAAGGGGACGGAAGCCCGGGCCGAACCGAGCUGUCCGGGCACGGCUGGGAUCGCCCGCAGCCUCUCGGUACAGACCGUAACGCCCCUUUCCCCGGCCUCUCAGUGAAGGAUCAGUGGGAGGAAAAAGACCAGAUAGUGGCCGUGUUUGUGGUUACCUUUGAUACAAGAUCAGGGAAUAUGAUAGAGUGGUGCCUGCCUCAUGACAUCAACUUGGAUGGUGUUGAAUUCAAGUCAAUGGCCAGCGGUUCUCAUCGGAUCACCAGCGACUUCAUAUAUUUCCGUAAGGGUGGCUACUUCGGUCUGGCAUGUUUUGCGAACAUGCCCGUGGAGAGUGAGCUGGAACGAGGAGCGAGAAUGAAGUCUGUGGGAAUUCUGUCUCCGUCCUACACUCUGCUCUACCGUUACAUGCACUUCCUGGAGAACCAAGUCAGACACCAGUUGCAGUGUCCUGGCCAGUAUUCUCCACUAGAGGCCUUCUAUGAGGAUAAGAAGGCCAUUCUUCCCCCUAAAGGAAACGGACUAGUCACCGCCUGCCCGACCUGGAGUGUUACUAAUAUAAGCCGCUGCAUGCACCCUGAAAUGAAGAUCACCCACCCGGCUGGCUGCAUGUCCCAGUUCAUCCAGUUUUUCGGGGAGCAAAUAAUGGUGCUGUGGAAGUUCGCGCUGCUUCGGAAGCGCAUACUCAUCUUCUCGCCUCCACCUGUAGGAGUUGUCUGCUACAGGGUCUAUAUCGACAACCAGAAUGUGAAAACUCACAGAAGCCAUUUGCAGCAGCUGCUCAGGCUGACCGCAGCAGACAAGGAGAAAUACAGGAAGCUGACUGAGCAGAGGCAACUGCUGCUGUACUCUCAGGAGGUGGGUGAAGACUGCACAUCAAAUGAAGAGGAUCUUUUCAUCCUGUUCUUUAUGGAGCUUAAUAACCGCAUCUUCCAGACCCUGUCAGAGCUAGCAGGAAGCGCCGACCCCACUCUCACCGGUGAGCACGUGAGGGCCAUGGGGCUGGAUCCCCAGGGAGAUCGAGCCUUCCUUGCCGACCUGCUGGAGGUUUAUGGUUUCGAUGUAACGCUGGUCAUAGACAACCUCUGCUGCCCCUGAACCCCAUUCAACCCGGGAAGCUCGGAAGCCACUGGAUUAUAUGUGCCUACUAGGGUCACAAAUACAAGACUCUGAAGACACUGCCUCCAUCCUGGGACUUCAUCUGCUCUCUUCUCUUCUGUGUUUGUGUCUCAUCUUAACCUGAGACUGUUUCUAACCACUGUGGAAGAAAAGGACACCUAACAUUGUGCAUUUCUUCACAGUGGGUGAUAAACACCAAUACUGCUGAGCAGACUUGUCAUCUUGUGGCCAUUAACAUCUUAUGUGAGUCACUCCUUGCUGUUUUUGUCAGAACCAGUUUCCUUGUGUGCAUACUUGUUUGACUUUGAUUAAGUGAGCAGGACUGAAUCACUGGAUGAAAAUGUAAACGAUUCUGAUGAUCGCACCUGCUACUGUAGUGAAGUCACCGGCACUUUGACGUCCACUCGUGGUUUGUCUAAAGAAUGGAUUUAAGGUUCCUCGAAAUGAAUUUGUGAUAUCUUUCCUGGGAAAUCACACAGACCUCAGAAUAACAGCUGUAAUUCUGUUCUUAUGUUUUGUUUUUGUCUGACUAUUCCUGAAAAUGGUUGAGGGGGGGAAAAAAGCUUUUGGAUCACGUUAACUGCCUUUGAAAAAGGAAGCAAUAUGAAUCUGAGUGAUAAGGGAAAAGCUGUUCUAAGGACCUUGCUCACCUUCACGCACCUUAAACAAUAUUUAGAUAUCACAGCGUGCAGGAGAUCGACGCAUUCUGGAAGUUUUUUGCAUUGUUGUACGUCGAAGCUUCUCAUUUGUCAUAAUUGGUGGAAGACUUUUCAAUGAAUGUGUAACUCUUAUUGUGAAUGCUGCACCACGUCCGCCACGGGACUGUUUCCCGACACACACAGUCACGCUUAAAUUGAACUUUUUAUAUGCUGUUUUUAUGAUUUAGUCUGAGCCAUCUAGUUCUGGAGCGGGAGCACCUGUAAAUGAGCUGUCACAUUUUCUUUUUCAAACUACUGUAGAGCCUUGUUCAUGAGCAGAAGUUCAUACGUCUCUUAUAUUCUGCUAACUAAAGAGUAAUCGAUGAA